AUGGAUGCGGCUCAGAAAAUCGACAUCUACGCCGCCCGGCUCGGUGAUCCUAAACUUGAUGUCCGGGCCAAGGCGAACAUCGCGACCGAAGUCAGAGACUCAAUUGAGAGCCUUUGCACUCCUGCCGCGACCUACCAGAAGUUUCUCUCAAAACUAUGGCCCGUCUUCAAGAAGGUCCUCGAGGGCAAGCCUGACUUCCACCCUGCCUCCUCCGAGCACACGUUGCGGAAUCAGAUACUUGAGAUCCUGCACCGGCUACAACAUGCGUCGCCUGAAGUUGAACCAUUUGCGGUAGAGAUGGUCGACCUUCUCAUGGAUCUCGUGCGGGUCGAGAACGAAGACAAUGCAGUCCUCUGCUUGAAGACUGUCAUGGAUCUAGAGCGUCAUCAACCAGUAGCGACACAGUCGAAAGUUCAGCCUUUCCUCGACCUGAUCCAAGAGAUGUUCGAAACUAUGGAGCAGGUAGUCAAGGACACUUUUGACAAUCCGACCGCACCUGCGGGCGCCGCUUCGUCUACACCCAAUGCACAAGCCGGCAGUCUCCAGUCUCCACGGCCAGGGUCUCCGGCUACGACAGUCUCGGAUCCCGGCAUGGAGAAGAAAGAGAUGACUCCGUUGGUCAAAGGCAUGCAGUCCUUCAAAGUUCUGUCCGAAUGUCCAAUCAUUGUGGUCUCCAUCUUCCAAGCACACCGAUCGUCUGUGCCCAUGAACGUUAAGAAGUUUGUCCCUUCGAUCAAAGGGAUUCUGCUCCUACAGGCCAAAACACAGAAGAAAGCCCACGAAGAUGCCGCCGAACGCAAGACCAUCUUUACCGGCGUAAGUAAAGAAAUCAAGAAUCGCGCCGCUUUUGGAGAUUUCAUCACAGCCCAGGUCAAGACAAUGAGCUUUCUCGCAUACCUGCUGAGAGUCUAUGCAAACCAGCUCUCCGACUUCCUUCCAACACUGCCGGUGGUUGUGGUCCGGUUACUCAAAGACUGCCCUGGGGAGAAGUCAAGCGCCCGCAAGGAGCUUCUCGUUGCCAUCCGUCACAUCAUUAAUUUCAACUAUCGCAAGAUAUUCCUCAACAAAAUAGACGAGCUUCUGGAUGACCGGAUAUUAAUUGGAGAUGGAUUGACUGUCUACGAAUCCAUGCGGCCUCUAGCGUACAGUAUGCUUGCGGAUCUUAUUCACCAUGUUCGAGAAUCUCUCAGCCGCGAUCAAAUCCGCAAGACCAUCGAGGUCUACACACGAAACCUUCAUGACAGCUUUCCAGGCACAAGCUUCCAGACCAUGAGUGCAAAACUCCUCCUGAACAUGGCGGAGAGUAUUACCAAGCUUGAAGACAAGGCUGAUGCGCGACACUUCCUUGUUAUGAUCCUCGAUGCCAUUGGUGAUAAGUUCGCCGCCAUGAACUACCAGUACACCAAUGCGGUGAAGCUUAGCAAGCUUUAUGCCGACAAGAGCAAGGACACCCAGGCAGAGUCCUAUAUGGACGAGAAGGACCAAGUCCCGGACUGGGAUGAGGUUGACAUCUUUAGUGCCACGCCUAUCAAAACCUCGAAUCCUCGAGACCGUGGAGCAGAUCCUGUUGCAGACAACAAAUUUCUGUUCAAGAACUUGGUGAAUGGCCUUAAGAAUAUGUUCUAUCAGCUCAAGAACUGUAAUCCUCCAUCAGCCAACAUCGACCCUGCCAAUACACCGUCCAACUGGGGCGAGAUUUCUUUCGGUUAUGAUGCAGAAGAGGUCAAGGUUGUUACGAAGCUUUUUCAUGAAGGCGCCCGCGUUUUCCGCUACUACGGCACCGAUUCAUCCGCUACAGAGUUGCCUGCGUCAUCGCCGAUAGAUUCUAUGGCCAGCCAUUCCAUGGCACAGAUGAGUCGUGAAGAAAAGGAACUUCUGGAGAGUUUCGGCACUGUAUUCCACUGUCUUGACCCUGCGACAUUCCAUGAAGUCUUUCAAUCCGAGAUUCCCCACCUCCACGAGCUGAUGUUCGAGCACACUGCAUUGCUGCACUUGCCGCAAUUCUUCCUCGCGAGCGAGACUACGUCACCAGCGUUUGCUGGAAUGGUCAUCCAGUACUUGAUGAACAAACUACCGGAAGUUGGUGCAUCAGACGUCAAGAAGUCUUCGAUUCUUUUACGGAUGUUCAAGCUAUCGUUCAUGGCUGUGACACUUUUCUCCCAGCAUAACGAGCAGGUCCUCCAUCCCCACAUCACCAAGAUUGUGACACAGUGCGUUCAGCUGUCUGUCAGCGCUGAGAAGCCAAUUCACUAUUUCAUCCUGCUCCGGUCGCUGUUCAGGAGCAUCGGUGGCGGACGUUUUGAACUGCUGUACAAGGAGAUUCUACCACUCUUAGAGAUGCUACUGGAGACUUUCAACCACCUACUGCAAGGUGCAAGAGAUCUACAUGACAGGGAUCUUUACGUCGAACUGACACUUACCGUGCCGGCGCGACUUAGCCACCUGCUGCCGCAUCUCAGCCAUCUCAUGCGCCCUCUUGUGGUUGCUUUGCGUGCCGGGCCCGAUCUCGUUAGCCAGGGGCUCCGAACUCUCGAGCUUUGUGUUGACAACCUGACGGCGGACUACCUGGACCCGAUCAUGGCCCCAAUAAUGGACGACUUGAUGACUGCGCUAUUUGAGCACCUCAAACCGCAGCCCUAUCAGCAUUUUCAUUCACACACGACCAUGAGAAUCCUGGGUAAGCUGGGCGGUCGAAAUCGCAAGUUUCUCAAUCAUCCUCACCAGCUGCCCCCACGAGAUUGCACUGAUGAUGAGCCUAGCUUCGAUAUUCGCCUAAUAGGCACCAGUAAGGAUAGGGCGUUUCCUCUCAAUGCUGGCGUGGAUCUUGCCAUUAAGAAGCUCAGUGAGACCAAUCGACCAAGUAACGCCAAGGGACAGUCAUUGGACCUGUAUUACAAGCAGCAGUCCUUCAAGUUCAUCAGCAAUCAGGUCAAGCUCUUCAUCGGGUAUGACCAUUUGCCCGAAGACUUUGCUGCGCUGUUGAGGCUACAAGCGAACGAUUUGGCUGCUAAUCGCUUUGAGACCUACGCUGAGAUGCUCUCGAGCCAAGACACUGUCAAAUCUGUACAGAAGCGCCGAGAUGAAGAGGAAAACCUGAAGAAACUUCUGAAGGCUUGCUUCGUCGCAACAACCGUUCCUGAGCUGAAAGAUGCAGCAGAGGAUUUCAUCACAAAUGUCGCUAGGCAUUUCACGAUCAUUGAGCUUGGACAAGCCCUCUGUGAUGCGGGACGGAGAACCAAGCCAUUCGACGUCAACUCCGGUGAAGGUGCUGUGUAUCUAAGUACACGACUCCUGGCGGAUGUUCUGGUCGAUUGCUUCGCUUCGGACAAUGCAGUGGUCCGUGAAGCUGCAGAGGCUGCCAUGUUUACGGUGCGCGACACCUCUCGUGCCAUUUUCGGCCAGGCCGACAAAGCUGCAAAGUUCCCAUUCUUUUACCACAUGACGCAGACUUUCUGCCACAAAUGCCGCGAAGUCGAGUGGUUCACGAAAGCUGGUGCAGCUCUUGGCCUACAAAUCAUCGUCACAAAGCUGGACCUUGGAAAUAUGUUCCUAUCUAGGCGACAUCUCGAUAUCGUCAAAGCUCUGCUGUUCGUCAUUAAGGAUACUCCGCAAGAUGUUCCCGCUAGCACCCGGAUUACGGCUCAGGAAACUCUAGAGUUCAUCCUGAAGAAGAUUUGUUCUGGUCUGAAUAAGGAGUCGAUCAGCAACGACAAAGGCUUCGCCCACGCUCUGUCAGUCCAUCUAAGCGUUGAGCUCUCUCACAUGAACAAACAUGUGCGAGAAACGGCGAAGCAUUCUUUCACGGUCAUGGCCGACCAAAUUGGUGUUGAGGUUCAUGAGUUGAUCGCUCCUGUCAAGGAGCGUUUGCUGCAACCCAUCUUCAAUAAGCCUCUUCGAGCCCUUCCAUUCCUAUCUCAGACCGGUUUCAUUGAUGCCGUUACGUAUUGUUUGGGUCUUGGCCACGAUCUUGUGCCUCUUAACGAUCAGCUUAACAGAUUAACAAUGGAAUCACUAGCUCUGGCUGAUGCCGAGUCCGAGAUCUUACAUCCAAAGCCGGAUGAGUUCAGCAACGCGGAACUCAUUGUCAACCUGCGAGUGUCCUGCCUCAAGUUGCUCUCUAUGGCCAUGGCCCUGCCGGAGUUUGGCCAAAAUGCAGCACAGCACACGAGCCGUGCCAGAAUCAUAACCGUCUUCUUCAAGCUACUUUAUUCGAAAUCCCAAGAAGUCAUUGACGCUGCAUAUGGAGGGCUGAAGGAUGUUCUUGCUCAAACCAACAAGCUGCCUAAGGACUUACUUCAAAAUGGUCUUCGACCAAUUUUGAUGAAUUUGCAAGACCCAAAGAGGUUGUCUGUGCAUGGUCUGGACGGUCUCGCCAGGUUGCUUACUCUCUUGACCAACUACUUCAAGGUUGAAAUCGGAUCAAGAUUACUAGAGCACAUGAAGGUAAUUGCGGAGGAUCAGCUGCUUCAGAAAGUCUCGUUCGGCAUGAUAGAGCAGAACCCGCAGAUGAAGAUUGUUGCUGCAAUCCUCAACAUCUUUCACCUGCUACCGCCGACUGCGACCACGUUCAUGCAGGAGCUCGUUAAUGGAGUGCUCGAUCUCGAAUCCAAGCUCCGGCGCACCACCUCCAGCCCAUUCCGGCAGCCUCUAGUCUUGUAUCUGAAUAAGUACCCGAAAGAGAGCUUUGGUUUCUUCCAAGGUAAGAUGCAGGAAGAGAAGUAUGGUCGAUUUUUCGCGCAGAUCCUGUCCGACGCAUCAAGCGAGCCUCUGCGUGAGCACGUGAUGGCCGAGGUCGACUCUCUUUCUGCGACCUUCUUCGAUGUCACCGACCAGGACGCAAAGAACGUUGCAAUCAUCAACGGCAUUCAUGUCACAGCUGCAAUUUGUAAGAGCGACAAAGCAUCAGAAUGGAUCAAGACCCAGCUACCAUUCGUCAAGCGCCUCCUAGAGAACGGCAAAGAGAUUGCAAGCAAAUUGCGCGGAGACGAACUGCAGCACAGUCAGCGACUGCGAGCUGAGCAAGCUGGUGAUGCAUUAAUGGAGAUCCUCAUUGCCUACAUGUCAGCCAACACCGAAGAUCUGGAUUUCAUGGUCGAGGUCUUCACAGCAGCAGCUGAAGGUGCUAUCAAAGUGCCUCUUUGUCUGAACCAGUUCCUCUGUCACAAACUGAUCACAAAUGACUCAGCUACCCUUCAGCGCAGCAUUAUUGAUCGCAGCCUGGAUCUAUACACUCAGAAGCAGCCCUCGCAGAAACUGAAAACAUUCCUCCUCCACAGUCUUGUCAAUCCCAUAAUGGCGCAAGAUGUCCAGCGGACACGACUGGGCAAAUCUCGAGAACCGGUCUUGAUGGAUAAGUCCAUGUUUGACAUGAUCCAUGAGAAGCUGUGGAAGUCUCCUGCUGAAAUUUCAGACGAUCAGGUACAGCCUGGCAUUGAUCACUCGCGUAUGGAGGUGCUUCAGCUUUCCGCCUUCAUGAUCAAAUACCACAAGGAUUCUGUAUCAGAGGCGCGCAAGGACAUCAUCAAAUUUGCCUGGAGCUACAUUCGUUUGGAGGAUGUCAUCAACAAGUACGCAGCAUAUGUCUUAAUCUGCUACUUCAUCAGAUCUUACGAGACGCCCACAAAGAUCGCGGCGCAGAUCUACAACCAGCUACUCAAGGCGCACCAGAAUGAGGGCAAGACUCUCGUCACGCAAGCCUUAGAGGUGCUUGCUCCCAUACUCCCAACCCGCAUGGCGCAGCCAAAUGCUACGCCAGGUGAUAAACGAUCUCCAACAUGGGCACGCCUGCCAAAGAAGAUUCUCAAUGAGGAGACGGGUAAUCUGCAACAAGUCCAGAGCAUCUUCAAUUUUAUCGUCCGACAGCCAGACCUUUUCUAUGAAUCAAGGGAAUUCUUCGUUCCGACGAUGAUUCAGAUGCUGCACAAGAUUGCGUCUCCGCCGAAUCCUUCGAACGAAAGCAAGAAACUGGCUCUGUCACUGGUGACUCUUAUCGCGCAAUGGGAGCAACGUCGCGUCAGCCCUGAUUCGCCAUCCCAAUCGUCCUCAGAAUCACCCUCCCUCAAACGAGAUGCUGCAGGAGGACAAAUCUCUACACCAGACAAAAAUGUGCGGCCCGAGUAUGUCAUCCCCCUCGAUCUUCGCACUAUGGUCAUCAAAUAUAUGAUCACCUUUAUCACCUCGCUACAAGAGCGAUAUCCUGUGCCCUCUGCAGAUCUCAAGGCCAAAACGAUGCAAAAAGUGCCGCAAAUGCUGCCCAAUGAUAUGUGCAAGAAGGCUGUUCAACUUCUGCACGAGCUCCUCUCCCCGCAGCUCUGGGCCGAUGUCGACGUUGGAUUGUACCCCAAGCUUCUUGACCCUAUGUUGGCAGGCGAGAAGGCCGAUAAGCCCGAUGAGAAACACCUCACCUGCAUGAUCAACGCUCUGCAAGUCAUGCGCAUUCUCCUGAGCACUAAGUCGGACGAUUGGAUCCUAUCCAACAUGGAGCUCAUCCAGAAACUGGUGGAGAAACCACUCAAGGCAGAUGAGCCCGAGAUUCAAGACUGCAUCCACUGGGUCGACGAAAGCCUCGGAUCGAAGCCUCUCUUGACGCAGAUCCUCGAAGCCAUUCCCGAGUCCAAGGCCGAUGACGAGGAUGCCAUGGAGCUCGACGGUCCUCCAGCGGAUUUCCUGGCGAAGUUCUCGAAAACCCUGAUCGGUGAGGGACUUUCUGCGAUGAAUCUGACAUCCGCUGUCAAUAAUCUGUGGACACUUACCAAGGUCCGGCCCGUUGAGGUUGAUGAGCAUAUUCCUGGGCUGAUGAGGGUCUUACAAUCGAAACUUGCCAAAGACCAUAUCAGUGCAUUCAUGAUUCCAACGGGGCCUCCACCAAAUGGAUGGCGGAUGGGUGAGCCGAUAAUGGAUCCUUAUGAGUUCGCUUGGGGCGUCGAUCUGAUGAAGAAGACCAUCGACAUCCUGUCUGCGCGUAUGUCGACGCUCGGGGACCAGCGUCGACCCUUCCUCAGUGUGCUGGCUUCUCUGGUCGAAAAGUCGUACAAUGCCGAGAUUUGCAACAAGAUUCUCGACAUGGUCGAGGCCUGGGUCUUCAACUCCAACGAAGCCUGGCCAACACUGAAAGAGAAGACGGCCGUUCUGCAUAAGAUGCUCAUUUUUGAACGCUGGCCCAAUCAAAGCCUAUUGGAGCGCUUCCUGGAACUUGUCAUCAAGAUCUACGAAGAUCCGACCAUUGCGCGCUCCGAGCUCACUGUUCGUCUCGAGCAUGCUUUCCUCAUUGGCACGCGAGCCAAAGAUGUGGAGAUGCGGUCCCGAUUCAUGAACAUCUUCACUCGUGCCUUGUCGGAGACUGCUAGCUAUAGGAUGAGCUAUGUCUUGACAGUGCAGAACUGGGAUACUCUUGCCGAUUCCUUCUGGUUGAAACAGGCGUCUCAUCUCAUCCUCGGUGCGGUGGAUAUGGCUUUGCCUGCCCGUCUACAUCCAGAAGACAUUACCAUCUGCCCGGUGUCGCAGAUGUUCGCCGCAAGUCUUGUCAACCCCGAGCAAAAGAAAGAUGAUAUCAUGCUCGAAGACUCACUAGAGGAUCUUGUGGCUGCUCAGAGGAAAUUCAACCACGAGAUCCAGGACGUCAAGGUUCGAGAUCUUCUCGAGCCGCUCACACAGCUGCAGCAUGUUGACGACCAAGUCGCAUACGAUGUGUGGGUUAAGCUCUUUCCUCUCUGCUGGGCUGCGUUGACUCGAGACGAACGAAUCGAUCUCGAGAAAGGCAUGGUCACGUUGCUGACUCGCGAGUACCACCAGCGUCAGCUCAACCUACGCCCAAAUGUGGUGCAGGCGCUGCUCGAAGGUGUUGUUCGUGCUCGACCACGUUUCAAGUUGCCACCGCACGUGAUCAAGUUUGUGUGCCGGACUCACGAUGCGUGGUACACGGGUCUGACGUCUUUGGAGGAGUCUACUAUCAACCCUCUUAUCGACACUGCUCAAGUCCGAGAGAGCAAUCUUGAUGCGCUUGUCGAAGUCUACGCUGGGCUACAAGAAGAUGAUCUCUUCUAUGGAACGUGGCGGCGGCGUUGCAAAUUCAUGGAGACCAAUUCAGCGUUAUCCUAUGAGCAGCACGGUAUGUGGGACAAGGCCCAACAUCUUUGGGAAGCGGCUCAAGUCAAGGCGAGAACCGGGGUGAUGCCUUUCUCUCAGGGCGAGUACUAUCUCUGGGAGGACCACUGGGUCAUCUGCGCACAAAAGCUUCAGCAAUGGGAUAUUUUGGGCGAGUUCGCAAAGCACGAAAAUUUCCAGGACCUGCUUCUCGAGUCAGCAUGGCGCAAUUACGAGGCCUGGGGUACUGAGGAGGCUCGCACACAGCUUGACGGCAUGAUCAAGAGUGUCUCUGAUGCACCAACUCCUCGACGGACUUUCUUCCAGGCUUUCAUGGCCUUGCUGAAGUACAACUCAAAACAAAUCUCACGUGUUGAGUUUCAGCACAUCUGUGAUGAGGCCACUCAGCUCUCGAUCCGCAAGUGGCACCAGCUACCUAGCCGCAUCACCAACGCGCACAUCCCUAUCCUGCAGCAAUUUCAGCAACUGGUUGAGCUUCACGAUGGGAGCGUUAUCUGCGAUAGCCUCAUGGGUACAAACGAGCGCAAUCUUGACAGCAAGUCUCAAGAAGUCAAACUGCUCCUACAGGCUUGGAGAGAUCGUCUGCCUAACGUAUGGGAUGAUAUCAACGCCUGGCAAGACCUCGUUACUUGGCGGCAGCAUGUUUUCCAGCUCGUCAACAACACCUAUCUGCCUCUCCUGCCGCAAGGUGGCAACAAUGUCGGCAACAACUCGUAUGCUUUCCGAGGCUACCACGAAACUGCUUGGAUCAUCAACAAGUUUGCCCAUGUGGCUCGUAAGCACCAGAUGCCCGAAGUCUGCAUCAACCAACUCGGCAAGAUUUACACACUUCCUAACAUAGAGAUCCAAGAGGCUUUCCUUAAGCUACGUGAGCAGGCUAAAUGCCACUACCAGAACAAGUCUGAGCUCAACAAUGGUCUCGAUGUCAUCAACAAUACCAAUCUCAACUACUUCGGUGCACAGCAGAAAGCCGAAUUCUACACUCUGAAAGGCAUGUUCUUGGCGAAACUUCAGCAUGCAGAAGAAGCGAACGAAGCCUUCGGUGUUGCGCUGUACUACGACCUCCGCCUCCCGAAAGCUUGGGCUGAAUGGGGCCAGUACUCGGACCGUAAAUUCAAGGACAAUCCUGGCACUAUUGAAGCCGCCAGCAACGCGGUGAGCUGCUAUCUCGAGGCGGCUGGACUGUACAAGAGUGCCAAAUCGAGGAAGAUGUUGAGCCGCGUAUUGUGGUUGCUGAGCCUCGAUGAUGAUGAAGGUCAGAUCGCCAAAGCCUUCGAAGACUUCAAAGGAGAUACGCCGGUGUGGUACUGGACGACUUUCAUACCACAACUUCUUGGGAGCUUGGAGCACAAAGAAGCGCGCCUGGCAAAGACUGUUCUCGCCAAGAUCGCGAAAGCCUUCCCUCAGUCACUCUUCUACCACCUUCGCGCUACAAGAGAAGACUUUCUCUCUAAGCGUAAGCAGCAGGAGAUGCGCUCAGGGUCCAAGCCGAGUGGCAAUGCGCAGACUCAAGAGAAGAGUGAAAGUAGCUCGAGGCCAGGCACAGCUAAUGGCGAGACUCCUACCAAUGGUGAUGCCAAACCCAAGGAGGAACCCAACGAUGACAACAAAGAAGUCCCUGCCAAAGAAGCGCCCAAGAAACCGUGGGAGUACGCCAACGAAGUCAUGGAUGGCUUGAAGACGGGCUUCCCUCUCUUGGCGUUGUCUAUGGAGACCAUGACGGAUCAAUUGUCGAAGCAUUUCAAGUGUCCUCCCGACGAAGAUGCCCACCGUUUGAUUGUUGCCUUACUCAACGAUGGCUUGACGUACAUCAAUCGCGCUCCCGCCAAUUAUGCAGAAGGGGCCAAGUUGCCGCCAUCAACAGAGGCCAACAUUUCUCGCUUUGUGGCUUCUGUGCUGCCCGCCCACAUCAGAGGUUCAUUCGAGGCCGACUUUGUGCAGACCAAGCCCACCAUGUAUGAGUACAUACACAAGCUUCGGCGCUGGCGCGACAAGUUUGAGAACAAGCUUGACCAUCGCCAACAAUGGGCUCCACUGGAGUCGUACAGCCAUCAUCUCUCGGAGUUCAAGUUCCUCAAGUUUGAUGAGUCGGUGGAGAUCCCAGGCCAGUACCAGCAGCACAAGGACAAGAACUCGGACUUUGUGCGCAUCGAACGCUUUAUGCCCACGGUGGAGCUUGUUCGUGGCAACAAUAUCUGCCAUCGCCGACUGACAAUCCGUGGCCACGAUGGUUCCUUGCAUCCUUUCGCCGUCCAACAUCCUACGGGAGGCAAGGUGCGGCGUGAGGAGCGGAUCGUGCAGCUUUUCCGCAUCUUCAACCAGACUCUGUUCAAGCGCAAGGAAUCUCGGAGGCGCAAUCUGUACUUCCAUCUUCCCAUUUUUGUGCCGAUAGCGCCGCAUAUUCGGCUUGUGCAGGACGAUGCCAGCUAUGUCACUCUGCAGACCAUCUAUGAAGACUAUGUGCGGUCGGUGCCUGAUAUGUCACGCGACGACCCUAUGCUCUUCCUCCUUGAGCAGUCCCGCACGAUGGUGGAGCAGCAGAAGACGAACCCACGGACUCCUGAUCAGCUGGUGACGAUGAAGACGGAGAUCUUCAACAAGAUUGUGGAGAAAUGGGUGCCCAGUACCAUCGCUCUCAGCUACUUCCAAGCCAUAUACCCGACGUUUGCGGACUUCUGGCUCUUCCGUCGCCAAUUCUCUUACCAGUACGCAACGACGGCGUUUAUGACCUACGUCAUGCACAUGUCCAGCCGGUAUCCGAUGAAGCUAUCCAUCAGCAAGGCGACGGGUGAUCUGUGGGCUUCAGAUGCGCUUCCGAAUCUGAGUGCUGGCAAGCCCGUCUUUUACAAUCCCGAAGCCGUGCCCUUCAGGCUCACUCCCAACAUCCAGACGCUCAUGGGCCCGCUCGCAGUCGAGGGCAUCUUCACGGCGAGCCUGAUGGCGGUGGCUAGAGGCCUCUCAGAGGCCGACCAGGGAUACGAGAUGGCGCAGCAGCUCAGCGUGUUCGUGCGCGACGAGAUCUACUCGUGGGCGGCGGGUCGCGGGAGUGCGGUGGUGGCCGAGAUGGAAGGUGAGAAGUUGCGCGAGGCGGUGGGUCAGAACAGCGAGUUUGUCGUUCGACGUGCGCUCGCGCUCGGGAAGACGCAGGGCAAUGUCGGCGCUGGUGCUGGUGGUGAGGGUGGCAGUGGUAGUCAGGGUGUGUUGCCGGCGUGCCAGAAUGUGGUGGAUCUGAUCAGCCGAGCGACGAAUCCAGAGAAGCUGGCACAGUUGUCGGCUAUGGACUUGCCCUGGCUGUGA